CACAGACGAUAAGCGCGUAUACCCCACUCUGACGUCACAGGCGUUCGUCUGAAGCUCCCGUCCCUUCUGUGCAAGACAACAAACAACAAACAUCACCGCUACCUCUAGUAGAAUUAUACACACACCGAUUCCAGAGAACCACUCUGGAAGAUACUUUACCUUUUUCUUGACAGUAGCUUCCAGAACACAUCUGCUGUUUUUGCUGCACUCUUGCUGAGAAUAAUCAGAAAUCGCGAAGCUCACAAACCAUCAACCACCCAGAUCCUUAGAAACAAUGGCCGAAGUUGCAGCCGGUGCUCUGGUUGCCGAGCAGAUCGUGGCAACAGGCGUCGAAGUCGGAGCCGCAGUCGCCGUCGCCGCUCCAACGCAGCCGCUGAAAGUGUCUCUCACACAACUAGCGAAGGCGACAUCAGAACCCACCGAGCGAGCCCUUGCCCGAUCCAAUCAUACCAUCACCACCAUCGGUAACAAAGCCUACAUCUUUGGCGGCGAAGAUGUCGAUGGCAAGCUUUGCAACAGCGAUGUCCAUGCCAUUCUUCUUCCGAGCAAAGAAAACACCGGUGCCGAGAAGAUCCACGAUCACUUUCCAGCAUUCCCCUUGAUCGAGGCAAAGACCGGCGAGACAUACAUACCCGCACCUCGUACCAAACAUGCCGCGUGCGCCUGGGGCAACUCGGUUGUCGUCCACGGCGGAUGCGACGAGCACGGAAACCCAAUCAAGGAAGACAACUGUCUUUGGCUCUGGGACACAGAGCACAUGAAGUGGACAAAGCUGCAAGGGGAGACGCAACUAGGGGUGAAGCUGGUGCCGCGCUACGGCCACCACAUCUUUGUCGACGACAAGCAGAACUUCCUGAUCCUUCACGGAGGUCACACAUCAAGCUCAGGCGGCAGCGAAACGGAAACAUGGCUCUACAGCUUCGACCGCAACGCGUGGACCACCCUCCCCAAGUCCCCCUUCCCACCUCUCGCCGCCGCCUACGCCGACACAACUCUCUACACCAUCAGCGCCAGCCCGGACUCGCCCAAUCUCAGCGGCACCAUCAAUCACCUCGAUCUCCUCAAGUCCACCACCGAACGCGAGAAGCCUGGCGCACUCACUUGGCAAUCCAUCACCUACCCCAUCAACCCGCUCACGCCCGGCCCGCAACCGCGCGUCGGAGGUGCGUUGGUGCCCAUCCACACCGGCUACGGCCGCUCCUAUCUGAUUUACAUGUUUGGCAUCUCCUCGGACGCGGUCGGCGAGUCUGAUACUUCAUCACCUGAAGAAGAGAAAUACUAUGCUGACAUCUGGUCCCUCCAACUGCCGUCGCACGGGUUUACGGGUGCUGCGGCCAAGGAUGUGAUUCGCGACAAGCUGAUGCCAAAGGGGAUUGAGUCGGGUAAGUUCAGCUGGGCGGAAGCGGAGCUGGUGCCGACUGAGCAGAAAAUGGAGGCCGCGGCGGAGGGAAAGGUGCAUCCCGGGCCGAGGGGGCUAUUGGCGGCGUCGGGGUGUUUGGACGGAAAGGGGGUUGUGCUUUGGGGAGGGGUCAAUCCGAAGGGAGAAAAGGAAGCGGAUGGGUGGGUGUUGGGGUUGGCUUAUGGUUAUGCCGAUGAGGAUCGGUUUGAGUAGAGAGCAACUGGAAGGGAAUUUGGGUUGCUGAUUCGAAUCGCUUGGUAGCUGGUCUGCCUUUGCUUUGAGAGUGGUUACGCGCAGAGAUUUGCCUGGGACGAUGGGCUUUACCAAGAAAUCUGUAUGCAGGAACAUGCUAGAGGGUUGUUAGCAGGGGAUAUUCAGAAACUAAGGUUGAUGGUUUGCCUAGUUCAAAUAUCAACCUUGGUGUUGACUAUAUCCGUUCAGCGUGCGGAACUAGUUACAGUAUAUCGUAGUCUCACUUAGUCCCGUCAGCCCUACGAUACGAUUCGAUCUUACCCAAGCAGCAGCCACAACACCCUGUGCCACCGCCGUGCUCAACGGAAAGAAAACCGUUUUGGAAGUUAGACCAAGUUACCGCUGCGAUGUUUUACGUCACGCAGGGAUGCCAAUUUUUCAC